UUUUGCUUCCUUUUCACUCAUUCGAUUCAGGGCAAACUCGGAUAAACUGGACCCAAGCAAAAACGCAACAACUCUCGCUUUUUGACUCAGCUGUCCGAAAUUUUGAGGAAAAUUAAAGAUCUCUCUCGCUCGUUGGUCUACCUUUCAGGCUAUACAUACUGUAGAACCUUCUCAAAUCUGGUUUGCUUCUCAACGAGGAAUGGUUCUUUGCAUGACCUGUUGAAACUUAUAAAAUGUCGGGGUUACUAAAUUCUUCUGUCAACGGAUCAGCAUCAAAUCUUCCAGACAGUAGUGGACGCUCUUUUGCAACAUCUUUCUCUGGUCAGUCUGGUGCAGCCUCUCCUGUUUUCCAUCACGCUGGCAAUAUUCAGGGCUUGCAUAAUAUUCUUGGUAGCUUUAAUGUUCCCAACAUGCCUGGUACACUCGCAUCAAGAAACUCAGCAUUAAGUAAUGUUCCAACUGUUGGGGUCCAACAACCUACUGGGAGCCUAUCUGGUGGAAGAUUUGCAUCAAAUAAUCUUCCUGUUGCUCUUUCUCAGUUAUCUCAUGGCAGCUCCCAUGGACAUUCAGGAGUAACAAAUAGAGGAGGUAUUAGUGUUGUAGGAAAUCUUGGAUUUAGUAGUAACACAAAUGGAGUUGGCGGUUCUAUACCUGGGCUUCUCCCUUCCUCUGCUGCAAUUGGUAACCGCAAUGCUGCCCCAGGAUUGGGAGUAUCCCCAAUUUUGGGAAAUGCAGGUACUAGGAUUACGAGUUCUUUAGGAAACAUGGUUGGUGGGGGCAACAUUGGGAGGAGUAUAAGCUCUGCUGGUGGAUUAUCUGUACCUGGUCUUGCAUCUCGUCUGAAUUUAAGUGCCAAUAGUGGAUCUGGAAGUUUAAGUGUGCAGGGACAGAAUCGAUUGAUGAGUGGUGUGCUUCCUCAGGGAUCUCAGAUGAUUUCAAUGUUAGGCAAUUCUUAUCCUACUGCUGGGGGUCCUCUUUCCCAGAGCCAUGUCCAAGCUGUGAACAACCUUAGCUCCAUGGGAAUGUUGAAUGAUGUGAACACAAAUGACAAUUCUCCCUUUGACAUAAAUAAUGAUUUCCCUCAGCUGACAAGUCGCCCUAAUUCUGCUGGAGGGCCUCAAGGACAAUUGGGUUCAUUGCGAAAACAAGGUCUUAGUCCCAUUGUUCAACAAAACCAAGAGUUUAGCAUUCAAAAUGAAGAUUUCCCUGCUUUACCAGGAUUUAAAGGUGGUAAUGGUGAUUAUGCAAUGGAUAUGCAUCAGAAAGAACAACUUCAUGACAAUACCAUGUCGAUGAUGCAAUCUCAACACUUUUCUAUGGGGAGAUCUGCAGGAUUUAACUUGGGUGGAUCCUAUUCAUCCCAUCGCCCACAGCAGCAACAGCAACAUGCUCCAUCGGCCAGUAGUAGUGUCACCUCCUUUUCAUCUGUAAACAACCAAGAUCUUCUCCAUUUGCAUGGCUCAGAUAUUUUCCCAUCUUCACAUUCGAGCUACCACUCACAGACCAGUGGGCCACCCGGGAUUGGGCUACGAACUCUAAAUUCAUCAAAUACGGUUUCUGGUAUGGGUUAUGACCAACUCAUCCAUCAAUAUCAGCAACACCAAAACCAGUCGCAGUUUCGUCUUCCACAGAUGUCAGUUUUGAAUCAGUCAUUUAGGGAACCCGGCCUGAAAUCAAUGCAGGCUACGCAGUCUAAUCCCGACCCAUUUGGGUUACUUGGUUUGCUAAGUGUAAUAAAGAUGACUGAUCCUGAUCUGACUUCUCUUGCUCUUGGAAUUGAUCUGACAACACUUGGGUUAAAUUUGAAUUCAUCGGAAAAUCUUCACAAGACUUUUGGUUCUCCAUGGUCUGAUGAACCAGCUAAGGGUGACCCAGAGUUCACUGUGCCACAAUGUUAUUAUGCUAAGCAGCCACCCGCUUUACAUCAAGGUUAUUUUUCAAAGUUCACAGUGGACACAUUGUUCUAUAUAUUUUACAGCAUGCCAAAAGAGGAAGCUCAGUUAUAUGCUGCACAUGAACUUUAUAAUAGAGGCUGGUUUUACCACAAGGAGCACCGAAUGUGGUUCAUAAGGGUUCCCAAUGUUGAGCCACUAGUGAAGACAACCACAUAUGAGAGGGGUUCUUACCACUGUUUCGAUCCGAAAUCAUUUGAAACAAUCCGCAAGGAUAAUUUUGUUGUCCAUUAUGAGUAUGUGGAAAAGAGACCAGCUUUACCCCAACAUUAACAAGGUUGCUUUUUUUCCUUCUCAUAAAGCUGAAGUAUGUAUUUUGUAACUCAUCCAUUAGGACAUCAGUUUUCAGCAUUUAGCGAAUUUGUUUAUGUGAUUCGAUUGUGAUGACCGGUUGUUUGACCCUUCUUAUGUUAAAGGUAUAUGUAAUGAAUAAAAUUCAAAAUAAAAGUAAUUGAAGAGAAUUUAGAUAAAGUAGUUGCAGG